UCCGGCUCGCCCCACUCUGCAAUCCCCGCUCUGGAAGCCAUCAUGUCUUGCCGCUCCUACCGAGUCAGCUCUGGGUGCCGCAUGGGCAACUUCAGCUCUUGCUCCACAGUGACCCCCCAGAACCUGAACCGCUUCCGGGCAAGCUCUGUCUCCUGCAGGAGUGGGCCCAGCUUCCGGGGCCUUGGCAGCUUUGGUAGUCGGAGCGUCAUCGCUUUUGGAUCGUGCUCACCCCGGAUAGCAGCUGUAGGCCCUCGUCCCAUCCGCUGUGGCGUUGGCCUUGGUGCUGGCAGUGGGAUGGCCUUUGGCUUUGGUGAUGGCAGUGGUGCUGGUAUGGGCUUCGGGGCCAGCAGUUGUGUUGGCCUGGGAUUUGGAGCCGGCAGUGGCCUUGGCUAUGGCUUUGGCUACAGAGUUGGAGGAGGUGGAAUCCCAGCAGCCCCAUCUAUCACAGCAGUGACCGUUAACCAGAGCCUGCUGACCCCCCUCAACCUGGAGAUUGAUCCCAAUGCCCAGAGGGUGAAGAAGGAUGAGAAGGAACAAAUCAAGACCCUCAACAACAAAUUUGCCUCCUUCAUUGACAAGGUGCGGUUCCUGGAACAGCAGAAUAAGCUCCUAGAGACCAAGUGGAACUUCCUCCAAGAGCAGAAAUGUGCCAGGAGCAACCUGGAGCCCCUCUUCGAGAAUUAUAUCACCAACCUGCGGAGGCAGCUGGACGUAGCAAACAGUGACCGGGCUCGGUUUGAGGCUGAAAGGAACCACAUGCAGGAUGUCCUUGAGGGUUUCAAGAAGAAGUACGAAGAGGAGGUGGGAUUCCGGGCCAACGCUGAGAAUGAGUUUGUGGCUCUGAAGAAGAAUGUGGAUACAGCUUUCUUAAAUAAGUCUGACCUGGAGGCCAACGUGGAUACCCUAACUCAGGAAAUCGACUUUCUGAAAACUCUAUACAUGGCGGAAAUCCAGUUGCUGCAGUCACACAUCUCAGAGACAUCGGUCAUCGUGAAGAUGGACAACAGCCGGGACCUGAACGUUGAUGGAAUCAUCGACGAAAUCAAGGCCCAGUAUGAAGAGGUCGCCAGGCGCAGUCGGGCUGAUGCUGAAGCCUGGUACCAGACCAAGUAUGAGGAGAUGCGGGUGACAGCUAGCCAACAUUGUGACAACCUGCGCAACACACGGGAUGAGAUCAAUGAGCUGACCCGCCUGAUCCAGAGACUGAAGGCAGAGAUCGAGCACGCCAAGUCUCAGCGGGCCAAGCUGGAGGCUGCCGUGGCCGAGGCGGAGCAGCAGGGCGAGGCGGCCCUCACCGACGCCAAGUGCAAGCUGGCCGAGCUGGAGGGCGCCCUGCAGCAGGCCAAGCAGGACAUGGCCCGGCAGCUGCGCGAGUACCAGGAGCUCAUGAACGUCAAGCUGGCCCUGGACAUCGAGAUCGCCACCUACAGGCGCCUGCUGGAGGGCGAGGAGAUCCGGAUCUGCGAAGGUGUUGGACCAGUCAACAUAUCCGUGAGCAGCUCCCGGGGCGGGACGGUGUGCGGGCCCGACGCCCUGGCCGCCAGCGCCACCCUGUCCCGCAGCGCAGUCACCUGCCCGUCCGGCAGCGGCAUCCGCUCCGUCAGCACCUGCGCCUCCAGCCUGGGGGGGGCCCGAGUCAUCAAGGCCAGCGGGGACCUGCUGAGCGCCGGCUCCCGGGGCGGCUUGGUGCUGGGGGGCGAGGCCUGCGCCCCCAGCGUCCCCUGCCCACUGCCCCCCGAUGGGUCCUUCAGCAGCUGCAGCGGGGGCCGAGGCAGCCGCAGCUCCAGCGUCCGCUUCGUGUCCACCACCACCUGCCAUCGCACCAAGUACUAGAGGCCACGCCAGCCAGCCACUGCCCGAGAAGAGCCACCUCAAAGUCACCUGCUUCUGUCCCAGAGGCGUCUGGACUCUGGGCCCGAGGGAGCUCCAGCCACCCCUCCUGCCAGGCAGGCAACGCCGCUCUCCCCAGGGAUUGAUCUGCCAGGCCCUGUCC